AUGUUCAGGAACGCUCUGCGGCAAUCCAGCCGCUCCGUUGCGGCCGUCCAGGCCACUGGUCGCAUCGCCUCGGUCCGCGCGGCUGUUCCCGGCCCCAUCUCCGGCGCUGCUAAGCAGGUCCGCUCCUACGCCGCCGAGGCCAAGGCUGCCCCUACUGAGGUCUCUUCCAUCCUCGAGCAGCGCAUCCGCGGUGUUCAGGAGGAGGCCGGUCUUGCCGAGACCGGUCGUGUUCUGUCGGUCGGUGAUGGUAUCGCCCGUGUUCACGGUAUGACCAACGUCCAGGCUGAGGAGCUGGUUGAGUUCGCCUCCGGUGUCAAGGGUAUGUGCAUGAACCUCGAGGCCGGUCAGGUCGGUGUCGUGCUCUUCGGUUCCGACCGUCUCGUCAAGGAGGGUGAGACUGUCAAGCGUACCGGUGAGAUUGUCGAUGUUCCCGUCGGUCCCGAGCUGCUCGGCCGUGUUGUCGACGCUCUGGGUAACCCCAUUGACGGCAAGGGCCCCAUCAACGCCUCUGAGAAGCGUCGUGCUCAGCUCAAGGCCCCCGGUAUCCUGCCCCGUCAGUCCGUCAACCAGCCCGUCCAGACUGGUUUGAAGUGUGUUGACUCCAUGGUGCCCAUUGGUCGUGGUCAGCGUGAGUUGAUCAUUGGUGACCGUCAGACUGGUAAGACUGCCGUCGCUCUGGACGCUAUGCUUAACCAGAAGCGUUGGAACUCCUCCGGCGACGAGGCAUCCAAGCUGUACUGUAUCUACGUUGCCGUCGGUCAGAAGCGUUCCACCGUCGCUCAGCUCGUCAAGACCCUUGAGGAGAACGACGCCAUGAAGUACUCCAUCGUUGUUGCUGCUACUGCCUCCGAGGCUGCUCCUCUGCAGUACCUUGCCCCCUUCACUGGAACAUCGAUGGGAGAAGCCUUCCGUGAUUCCGGCCGCCACGCUGUCAUUAUUUACGAUGAUCUGUCUAAGCAGGCUGUUGCGUACCGUCAGAUGUCUCUUCUGCUGCGUCGUCCCCCGGUCCGUUCUGCCAAGAUGAACAACAAGACUCACGGUGGUGGUUCUCUCACCGCCCUGCCCAUCAUUGAGACCCAGGGUGGUGACGUGUCUGCGUACAUUCCCACCAACGUCAUUUCCAUCACCGACGGCCAGAUCUUCCUGGAGUCUGAGCUGUUUUACAAGGGUAUCCGUCCCGCGAUUAACGUCGGUCUGUCCGUCUCCCGUGUCGGUUCCGCCGCGCAGGUCAAGGCCAUGAAGCAGGUUGCCGGUUCUCUGAAGCUGUUCUUGGCUCAGUACCGUGAGGUCGCUGCCUUCGCCCAGUUCGGUUCCGACCUGGAUGCGUCCACCAAGCAGACCCUUGCCCGUGGUGAGCGUCUCACCGAGCUGCUCAAGCAGAAGCAGUACUCCCCCAUGGCCGUCUCCGACAUGGUUCCUCUGAUCUUCGCCGGUGUCAACGGUUUCCUUGACAACAUCCCCGUCAACAAGAUCCUCCAGUGGGAGUCUGACAUUCUCGCCCACCUCAAGAGCAACAACCCCGAGAUCCAGCAGACCAUCGAGAAGGAGGGCCAGAUCAGCAAGGAGCUUGAGAACCAGCUCAAGGAGGCUAUUGGCAACUUCAACAAGUCUUUCAACGCAUAG